AUGGACCUCUUCCGCCCCGACCAGGCCACGCCCAUCCCCAACUUCUUCCUCGCUGGCAGCUACACCAAGCAGGACUACAUUGACUCUAUGGAGGGCGCGACCCUGUCUGGCCGCCAGUGCGCCUACACCAUCCUCAAGGCCGCCCCCGCCCUGCACAAGGCGGCGCAGCAGCAGCAGCAGCAGGCGGAGCAGCAGCAGGCGGCGGUUGUGUGA